GUAUUUUUGGAUAACUGUCAUUCCUUUUCUCUUCAUCUUAAACAGGUGGCUAAACCCCUUGUUUAAAAUCGGUCACAAACGGAGAAUAGAAGAAGAUGAUAUGUACUCAGUGCUUCCACAAGAUCGCUCAAAGCACCUUGGAGAAGAGUUGCAAGGGUACUGGGAUAAAGAAGUCUUGAAAGCCAAGAGUGACUCUCGGAAGCCAUCUUUAACAAAAGCAAUCAUCAAAUGUUACUGGAAAUCCUAUGCAAUUUUGGGAAUUUUUACAUUAAUUGAGGAAGGCACCAAAGUAGUCCAGCCCCUAUUUUUGGGGAAAAUUAUUAGUUAUUUUGAAAACUAUGAUCCCACCGAUUCUGCAGCUUUGCGUGAAGCCUACGCCUACGCCACGGUGCUGACUACCUGCACGCUUCUUUUGGCCAUACUGCAUCACCUGUACUUUUAUCACGUUCAGUGUGCUGGCAUGAGGUUAAGAGUAGCCAUGUGCCAUAUGAUUUAUCGGAAGGCUCUUCGCCUUAGUAACGUGGCCAUGGGCAAGACCACCACAGGCCAGAUCGUCAAUUUGCUGUCCAAUGAUGUGAACAAGUUUGAUCAGGUAACAAUAUUCUUGCACUUUCUGUGGGCAGGCCCACUGCAGGCCAUCGCAGUGACCGCCCUGCUGUGGAUGGAAAUAGGAAUCUCGUGUCUUGCCGGGAUGGCAGUGCUAAUUAUUCUUCUGCCUUUGCAAAGCUGCUUCGGAAAGUUGUUCUCAUCACUCCGGAGUAAGACCGCAACAUUCACAGAUGUCAGGAUCAGAACCAUGAAUGAAGUUAUCACUGGCAUAAGAAUAAUAAAAAUGUAUGCUUGGGAAAAGCCAUUUGCAGAGCUUAUUACCAGUUUGAGGAGGAAGGAAAUUUCCAAUAUUCUGAAAAGUUCCUACCUUAGAGGAAUGAAUUUGGCAUCAUUUUUCGUUGCAAGCAAAAUCAUCGUUUUCGUGACCUUCACUACCUAUGUGCUCCUUGGCAAUGUGAUCAGAGCCAGCCAUGUGUUUGUGGCGGUGACGCUCUAUGGGGCCGUGCGGUUGACUGUCACCCUCUUCUUCCCCUCGGCCAUCGAGAAGGUGUCAGAGGCCAUCGUCAGCAUCCGAAGGAUCAAGAACUUUCUGUUGCUUGAUGAGAUAAAACAGGGCAGCCCUGAGCUGCCUCCAGAUGGUAAAGGGAUAGUGCAAGUUCAAGAUUUUACUGCUUUUUGGGAUAAGGUAUCAGAAAUCCCAACCCUGCAAGACCUUUCCUUCACUGUCAGACCCGGUGAACUGUUAGCUGUGGUUGGACCUGUGGGAGCAGGAAAGUCGUCACUGUUAAGUGCUGUGCUGGGAGAAUUGGCCCCGAGCCAGGGGCUGGUCACUGUGCAUGGAAAGAUCGCAUAUGCUUCUCAGCAGCCCUGGGUGUUUUCAGGAACUGUGAGGAGCAAUAUUUUAUUUGGGAAGAAAUAUGAAAAGGAACGAUACGAAAAAGUAAUAAAGGCCUGUGCUUUGAAAAAAGAUUUGGAGCUUUUGGAAGAUGGAGAUCUAACGGUGAUAGGAGAUCGGGGAGCCACGCUGAGCGGAGGGCAGAAAGCCCGCAUUAACCUCGCCAGAGCAGUGUAUCAGGAUGCAGACAUUUACCUUCUGGACGAUCCCCUCAGCGCCGUAGAUGCAGAAGUUGGCAGGCACUUGUUCCAGCUGUGUAUUUGUCAAACCUUGCACGAGAAGAUCACAAUCUUAGUGACUCACCAGUUGCAGUACCUAAAAGCUGCGAGUCAGAUUCUGAUAUUGAAAGAUGGUAAAAUGGUGCAAAAGGGGACUUACACUGAGUUUCUGAAAUCGGGGGUGGAUUUUGGUUCCCUUUUGAAGAAGGACAAUGAUGAGGUGGAGCAGGCUUCCAUCUCGGGAAGUCCCAAGCUGAGGCACCGGACCUUCUCGGAGUCUUCCAUUUGGUCUCAGCAGUCUUCUAGAGCUUCGUUGAAAGAUGGUGCCCCAGAGAGCCAACCGGUUGAGAAUGUGCAGGUUGCAGUAAGCGAGGAGAGCCGUUCUGAAGGAAAAGUUGGUCUUAAGGCCUACAAGAACUACUUUAUAGCCGGUGCUCACUGGUUUAUCAUCAUUUUCCUUAUUCUAGUAAACAUUGUGGCCCAGGUUUCCUACGUUCUUCAGGAUUGGUGGCUGUCAUACUGGGCAAAUGAACAGAGCGCCCUGAACGUCACCGUAAAUGGAAAAGGAAAUGUAACUGAGAAGCUCGAUCUUAACUGGUACUUGGGAAUUUACUCAGGUUUAACUGCAGCUACCGUCGUUUUCGGCAUAGCAAGAUCUCUGUUGGUAUUCCACGUCCUCGUUAAGUCUUCACAAAGUUUACACAACAAAAUGUUUGAGUCCAUUUUGAAAGCUCCGGUAUUGUUCUUUGAUAGAAACCCAGUAGGAAGAAUUCUAAAUCGUUUCUCCAAAGACAUUGGACAUAUGGAUGACUUGCUGCCCCUGACAUUUCUAGAUUUCAUCCAGACAUUUCUGCAAGUGACUGGUGUGGUAGGCGUGGCGGUGGCUGUGAUUCCUUGGAUUGCAAUACCUCUGGUUCCCCUUGGCAUCGUUUUCUUUGUUCUUCGGAGAUACUUCUUAGAAACGUCAAGAGAUGUCAAACGCCUGGAAUCUACAACCCGGAGCCCGGUGUUUUCCCACCUAUCAUCUUCUCUCCAGGGACUCUGGACCAUCCGGGCCUACAAAACCGAAGAGAGGUUUCAGGAACUCUUUGAUGCACAUCAGGAUUUGCAUUCAGAGGCUUGGUUCUUGUUCCUGACCACGUCCCGAUGGUUCGCCGUGCGUCUGGAUGCCAUCUGUGCCAUGUUUGUCAUCGUUGUUGCCUUUGGGUCCCUGAUUCUGGCCAAAACUCUGGAUGCCGGGCAGGUUGGCCUGGCGUUGUCCUACGCCCUCACCCUCAUGGGGAUGUUCCAGUGGUGCAUCAGGCAGAGCGCCGAAGUUGAGAAUAUGAUGAUUUCCGUAGAGAGGGUGAUGGAAUACACAGACCUUGAGAAAGAAGCGCCUUGGGAAUACCAAAAACGCCCUCCGCCCACCUGGCCCCACGAAGGAGUGAUUGUCUUUGACAACGUUAACUUCACAUACAGUCUAGAUGGGCCUCUGGUACUGAAACACCUGACAGCGCUCAUUAAAUCAAGAGAAAAGGUUGGCAUUGUGGGAAGAACAGGAGCUGGAAAAAGUUCCCUCAUCUCAGCCCUUUUUAGAUUGUCAGAACCUGAAGGUAAAAUUUGGAUUGAUAAGAUCUUGACAACUGAAAUUGGACUUCACGAUUUAAGGAAGAAAAUGUCAAUCAUACCUCAGGAACCUGUUUUAUUCACUGGAACGAUGAGGAAAAAUCUGGAUCCCUUUAAUGAGCAUACGGAUGAGGAGCUGUGGAAUGCCUUAAAAGAGGUACAACUUAAAGAAGCCAUUGAAGACCUUCCUGGUAAAAUGGAUACCGAAUUAGCAGAAUCCGGAUCGAACUUCAGUGUCGGACAGAGACAGUUGGUGUGCCUUGCCAGAGCCAUUCUCAGGAAAAAUCGGAUAUUGAUCAUUGACGAGGCAACAGCAAAUGUGGAUCUCAGAACUGAUGAGUUAAUACAAAAAAAAAUCCGUGAGAAAUUUGCCCAUUGCACUGUGCUAACCAUUGCACACAGGUUGAACACCAUUAUUGACAGUGACAAGAUUAUGGUUUUGGAUUCAGGAAGACUGAAAGAAUAUGAUGAGCCCUAUGUUUUGCUGCAAAAUAAAGAGAGCCUAUUUUACAAGAUGGUGCAACAACUGGGCAAGGCAGAAGCUGCCGCCCUCACCGAAACAGCAAAACAGGUGUACUUCAAAAGGAAUUACCCAGAUAUUACUCAGAACGGCCACGUGGUUGUGAACGCUUCCAACGGCCAGCCCUCCACCUUCACUAUUUUUGAGACAGCGCUGUGAUUCUAGCACGAUGUCAAGCCUGCUCUGAAGGCGAUUCUCCGAUAGUUUUGCACUGUCUGAACUACACUUUUUUUUUUUACACUAGCGGCAAAUAUUUACACGUACAAGAUGUUUGUUUAUUUGGAUUUUUCCUCCAACUUCACCCAAUGAUUCCAAGCUCUAACAAAAUUACUUAUUAUUUUUAUUUAUAUUUA